GAGCUGCUUUGGAAGAAUCGCUGUGUCGUCUGAUAUGUUCGCCCACAACUUAACACUGGCGAUGAGGAUGGGAUCGAUGGACAUCAGAGCACAGCCAGAUGCGGCCAUCCUAUGAACUGAGCUGAAUCACUGAGCGAAAUCACUGGACAGAACCAAUUCAGAGCUGACUGUUCUGGCUAGAGCACUGUGUUCCAUCCAUCGCCCUCCACGCCGGCAUCGGAAUCAUGGCUUCACUUGUGCCUCUACCGCCGUUUGUGCCAACCUCUGAAUCAUGGGACUCCUACCUUGCUCGGUUCGACUGCUACCUCCAAGCCAAUGAGCUGACAGCAGCAUCAAAGGAACGGAAGCGGGGCCUGUUCCUCAGCCUCUGUGGGCCUGAGGUGUUUGAGACGGCCUUGGUUGCGCCUGAAGCAGUCCAGGCAACACCAUGGGACACGAUCCAAGAGAAGCUCCGCAACCACUACGCGCCAAAGCCGUCCAAGAUUGCUGUCCGCCAUGCGUUCUACCACCGGAACCAGGCAGAGGGGGAGUCAAUCAACAACUACACCACUGCCCUGCGACAGGCUGCAAUUCAUUGUGAGUUCCAAGACUUAGACGAUGCCCUGAUGGAUCGAAUCGUCUGCGGGGUCCGGGACAUCCAUCUGCAACGCCGUCUCCUUGCCAAGCCAGACCUCACGCUACAGAAAGCCAUUGAGGAGGCUGUGGCCUCAGAAGCUGCUGAACGCUCCGCCCAGGAGAUCCGCAAGUCCAGCAGCCCGCGUCUUGCUAGGAAGCCAGUUCCAGUGCAUCACGAAGAGGCCAGCAGUGAUGAGGCAUCCUCCAGUGAAGACGAUGAUGUGCACCAGACAAAGCGGGAGCGCAGGAAGUUCCAACAGAAGUCCAAGGGCCAACCGGAAUGUGCCGGCUGUGGAGGCAACCAUUCCCGUGCCAAGUGUCGAUUCAGAGACGCCAUCUGUCGGACGUGUUCCAGAAGGGUCCACAUCGCUAAGGUCUGCCGAUCGGCUCCGUCUGACACCCCCCCUUCACCGACUCGCAAGUCCAAGUCUUCACUCCAGUCUGCCAAGGAAAGCUGUUUCACUCUCACCAACUGCUGCUGCCCGUCUGGAACCACGAUUGGCCAAACCAACUCACCUACGCGACGCAAGCUGAACAUCACGGUGCUCAUUGAAGGAGCUCCAUGUGACAUGGAGAUCGACACCGGGUCUGCCCUGUCCAUCGUGUCUUGGAGCACCAUCAAAAGACUGGUACCCAGAAUGUCCAAAAGGCAACUCGACUCUCAUCGCGUACACCUGAGAGACUACCAGGGAAACGACAUUCCCGUGGUAGGCGUUGGCCGGUUCCGGAUCGCCUUCAAGGAUUUUUCGGGCCUGCUCCGAAUGGUGGUGGUCGAAGGUCAGCGGCCAAGCAUCCUAGGGCUAGACUGGUUUGAUGCCCUCGGCCUGGAAGUCACCGGCAUCAACUGCAUCUCUAACGCAGAGACUGAGGGUCUGGUCAAAGACUUUGCUGAGGUUUUUGACAGCACUUUGGGGCAAUAUACAGGUAUGCCCAUCUCCUUUAGCCUUGAUCCACAAGUCGCCCCCAUCAAGCUAAAGCCACACCGGGUUCCCUUUGCUCUCAAGGCUAAGGUGGACGAACAACUGGACAAGCUGAUCGCCCAAGGAGUUUUGGAGCCGGUUGACCACGCCAAGUGGGAAACCCCCAUUGUCACGCCUGUCAAGCCAGACGGGUUGGUGAGAAUCUGCGCUGACUACAAGUGCACGAUCAACAAGGCACUUCAGCAGCACGCUUAUCCGGUUCCUGUUGUCCAACACCUGCUGCAUUCCCUGGGUGAGGGUAAGGUCUUCGCUAAGCUGGACCUUGCCCAAGCCUAUCAACAACUGCCCAUCAAUGAUGCCACUGCUGAAGCCCAGAUGAUCGUCACCCACCGAGGGGCAUUCUGUUGCCGCCGGUUGCAGUUCGGGGUGAGUGUGGCUCCUGGCAUCUUCCAAAGCCUUAUGGAGUGUCUCCUGCAAGGGCUUCCGGGCGUGGUACCGUAUUUUGAUGACGUCUUGGUGUCCGCAGACUCACACCAGCAGCUGUUCGAGCGCCUCCGUGCCGUGCUGACAAGGUUCCAGGAGGCCGGGCUCAAGGUAAAGAGGGAGAAGUGCCAGAUUGCCGUUCCACAGGUGGAAAUCCUGGGCUAUCUUAUCGACGCCUCCGGCCUUCACCCGACCACAUCCAAGGUCCGCGCUAUCCAGCAGGCCUCCAUCCCAAAGAACAAGACGGAGUUGCAGGCGUUCCUGGGGCUGCUGAACUUUUAUAACAUGUUCCUGCCCCACAAAGCCACGGUGGCUGAGCCUCUUCACCGACUCCUCAGCACAAAGACGCCUUGGUCCUGGGGUCAUCGGGAGACGGCAGCCUUCAACGCGGUCAAGGCUCUCCUUUCCUCAGACAGUGUGCUGGUACAGUACAGUGAAGCCAGGCCGCUGGUCCUUGCCUGCGACGCCUCACCUUUUGGCAUCGGCGCUGUCCUUAGUCACCGUUUUCCAGACGGAAGAGAAGCUCCGCUCGCCUACUUUUCCAGGGCGCUAUCUCUGACUGAACGGAACUACAGCCAGCUUGACAAGGAGGCACUGGCACUUGUGGCUGGAGUGAAGAGGUUCCAUGAAUACCUCUACGGCAGGACUUUUGACCUCAUCACUGACCACAAGCCACUCUUACCACAGACUCAGACCACUGCCGUGCCUGACAUUCCGCCAACUCCACUUGCGGAGGUUCCACCCACAGCAGCGGAUCCAGGGGACUUGGUUUCAACGCCACCUAGGGUUGCACCACAGCCUCAGCAGGAAUUGUGUGGCCCCCCGGAUUUGGCUACCAGUCCCGGUGGUCUGGCAGAGUUUCCAAGGGCCCAAAUUUUUUAAAGGACUAUGUUGUUGGACAUGUAUCACUGUUGGUCUAAGUAUGGGAAAUGUAACCGAUAUGCUUUUGUGCCUAACUGAACCCUUACGUGUAGUGCUGUAUAUAAGGAAACCAUUACGAUUGUAACUAACGCCUUAUCUCGGUGGGGAGGGGUGUUAUGUACUGAUGUUCUCACCCUGGGCCAGCAGGGGGAUACUGUAGAUAGUUAUGCAAAUGAAGGAUCGAAAGUGACGUUCAGUGAUUGGAUAGUUUGUAUGCAAA